ACGUUUGCUGUGUAUGUCGACCAAGAAAAUGUUCCGUGGCCGUCCGUUGAUAUGAUAGUUCAGACAACAAGCACUGAUACACAAGAAAGAGAUGUUAAAGAGAAUAUUGGAGGUUCUGAUCAUUCUAUGCCAGUUAUAAUCAACAAGCGCUGUGAUAGUUCUAACGAUGUCAACUUGGUUGAAUAUGAAUCAGAGAUACAUGAAUAUCUAAGGGAGAGUGAGAGAAGGCAUCGUCCAAAGCCCAACUUCAUGAGUGGACAACCAUUAAUUAACAAGAGUAUGAGGGCAAUUUUGGUAGAUUGGUUGGUUGAAGUGGCCGAGGAGUAUCAUCUCGUACCAGAGACAUUGUUUCUGACCGUUAACUAUAUUGAUCGUUUCCUGUCAUCAAACGUAAUCAUAGAUCCGAGCAAGCUACAACUUGUUGGUGUCUCGUGUAUGCUCAUUGCCUCAAAACUUGAAGAAAUUUAUCCUCCUGAGAUAUCUGAGUUUGUUUUCAUCACCAAUUCUACCUAUACCGGUGAUGAGGUGAGACAAAUGGAACAUGUCAUAUUGAAAUCACUCGUCUUUGACUUGGCUGUUCCUACAGCACUAUCGUUCUUAGAAAGAUACGAAAAGAGUGUCAUGCUCCCACAGAGAUUAUCGGAAAAAUUAUCUCAUCUGACAAAGUAUUACUGCGAGGUUGUGUUGCAAGAUGCAGAUCAACAAUGGACAUACCUUCCAUCUCUCAUAGCUGCCUCGUCUGUUGCUCUUGCCCUAAGUACGUUGGACUGCAUUCCAUCGUUUCCAUUGUUGGCAGAAAAUUCAGGAUACAGACUCAGUGAUAUGAAACAGUGUAUCGAGGAUAUGCAUAACAUCAUAACUCAUGCAGAAGACACCAGUCUUCAAGCAAUUAAAGAUAAAUAUAGUGAAUCCAGGCAAGUCGAUUAG